AGUAGACCACAAGCUAUUCGGGGGUGUGACUACAGUCACUGGGGUCUAUAUAUUGAGAUGUUUUGUCCAGUGGCUUUAUGUGAAUGAGAGAGAAGCUGCCCAGAGAAAAGUCACCACAGUGGGACGGUGCGCUUCCUCACUUUGACACCAUAUGCUCCUAGACGCCGCAAUGGAUUCCUGUUUUCGCGCACUUUGCAUGACUUUUGUCCUGGCCUCGUUCACCCGGAGGUCAGGUGCGGUCGGACCGGUUGUCAGAUGCGAGCCGUGUAACGUCGGAGCGCGGCUUUUGUGCAAACCUUUGCCCAAGGACUGCGCCGAGAAGGUCCGCGAGCCGGGCUGCGGCUGUUGCAUGACUUGCGCGCUGAGCUUCGGCCAGCCGUGCGGCGUGUACACUGGUAGAUGUGGCUCCGGACUGACUUGUCAGCAUCAGCCCGGCGAGACGAAACCCCUGCAGGCUCUGCUGGAGGGACGGGGGAUUUGUGCAAACGCUACUAACAAGAGACAAACCGUAAGACCAACACCUCCAGUCAAUGAACUACCAGCAGAGAAUAUUGACACUCAGGACGAGGAGCGGAAUUCCACCAGCUCCAGCCUUCAGAUCUCAUACAGCACCCACAGACCCACGGGCCCCCUGAUAUCUCCGCUUCAUCCUUUUUUCCCCUCUACUAAGUCAGAAGUCCUGAGACGGGAGCAGCAGAAACGAACCCAAAGCUUUAAAAUGGAGGAGCUCCCAGGACCACUCAUCACAGACCAGCAAAACUUCUCUCUAGAGACCAAGCAGGAGCCUGAGUAUGGUCCCUGUCGGAGAGAGAUUGAGAGCAUUCUCAGCAGCCUCAAGAUUACAGACAUUCUCAACCCCAGAGGUUUCCGCAUACCAAACUGUGACAAGAAGGGCUUCUAUAAGAAAAAACAGUGCCGUCCAUCCAAAGGCAGAAAGCGUGGCUUCUGUUGGUGUGUGGACAAAUACGGGCAACCUCUGCCAGGUUUCGAUGGGAAGGAGCGAGGAGACGCCCAGUACUACAACUCCGAGAGCCAAUAAGAACGGAGCAGGACGGAGGGAGGGAGGGUGGGAGUGAGAGCAAAAAGAAUUGUAAACAAAUGGAGACACUGAGGAUAUUGGGAGAGAGGUCAAGAGAUGGCUCGACCGAUAUGUGGAUGUUUGCUAUUUCUAUCUGUUGCCUGUGGGACCUUUUUUCUGAGGCAUGAGCAAGGGGAACAGAGGAAGAGUACCAGGAGGAAAAAAAAAAACAAAAAGUCCUCCAUGUGGCAGAUACAGUCUGUACUUUUCUGCGUCGGGAAGGAUUCUUUAUAAGCUGUUUGUCUCUGACCCGACCUGGACGGCUUCUGGGAAGAGGAUACACUUGAUCUCAGAGGCCCUACUCUGAUCAUAAGACACAGAGACAUUUGUACUCGCCACAAACGUUGAUGAGAACGCUCUUCAUUUUAACGCACAAUUACGUGGCAUUGCACAUGUGUACAUGAUGUGUAAUCAUAAUUUGUAUGCUUGUGAUUUCUUAUAAAGACAUUGUGUGUUGUCAUGACAACCAUAAAGUCUAUGUAUGUCUGAAUACGUCUCAGAGUAAGCAUGCAGUGCCUCGCCAUGAAUUCCUUUUCAAUGAAUUCCACUUUUUUUGCCGUUGCUUCCUGCUCCUCGGGGAGUUGGAUGGGACUGUGCAGCUCAAACACUACAGUGCAUAUGAAUUUGUACUCAGACCACAGAAAGAAAAGAGGGACAUUUUCUGUUAUCUGUUACCGUGGUUGUUACUGUUUUGUUGUCACAUCGCAUAAGCUGAAUUUUUGGGAUAAAGGCCACAAACCGUUAUCUCUGAUCUCUGUGUAGCCAGUGAUUAUUUUCAUCACUUGCCUUGGUUUAAGUAAAUAUGCUGUUUGCAUGUACAAUGCAACCCUCAUAGGUCUAUUUUUACUUAAUAAAGGCAGUAUAAAAUGAU